GAUGACAUGUCGAAAGUCAAAUCGUUUACUGUGGAGGCGUUGUUGUCACCGGAUACGGGAGUUAAGUCCAAACCUAGCUUCAGCGUGGAUCAAAUGAUAUCCAGUUCCAGUCAGUUAGAAGUGGAAAGGGUAGAAGUUCCAAAUGUUAAUCAGUGGAUCUUGCCACUCCUUAACAAUCGACAAUUUCAAUAUUCGGAAAACAAAGUUGGAGAAUAUUCGAAACUUCCAGCAGUAAAGUGCCCAUUAAGAAAACACAAAAGCAAUAGGAAACCUCGCACUCCAUUUACUACUCAACAAUUACUGUCAUUGGAAAGAAAAUUUCGCACUAAACAUUAUUUAUCGAUAGCCGAAAGAGCGGAAUUUUCCAGUUCGUUAAAUUUAACAGAAACUCAAGUAAAGAUUUGGUUUCAAAAUAGAAGAGCCAAAGAGAAAAGACUUAAAGAAACUGAACUAGAACGAUUAGAAAUGGCUGCAAGAUCGCUCCAUUUGAGAGACGUAUCCUUUCAUUUGGGACUAUCGCCUUAUGUUCUACAACCCACUUGGUGUCCUACAACCUACAUCGAUUCCUAUCAUUCCGACGAUACUAGAACUGUGGUGACUUGAUUAGUUUUAAAUUAUCUUAGUUUAUAAUAUUGUUAAAAUGAUUAUUAAUUGUAAUAUAUAUAUAUACAUGUAAUAAAGUUCAGAUUCCUAACAGUGUAUGUAUGCUGUAUCGUCGACCUUCGUCUUAUUUUAUAAAUACUUAAUAAUAAUAAUAAUAAUCGAUAUGUCAAAUAAUAAAUUAUGAAAAUGUCAAAAUCAUUUUUAAA